AUGGAUUCCCUCACUCUCUUCUCCACCACCGCCAUCGUCCUCGCUGGUGGCCUUUACUGGUUCGUUUGCGUGCUGAAGCGCGCUGUCCACCUCACCGACGGCUCAAUCGUGGCGAAGAAAAUCCAGGACACUUACAAGCAAUACUGGUCCUUCUUCCGCCGCCCCAAGAAGAUCAAGACGGCGGAGAAGGUCCCCGCCUUUGUCGACACCUCCUACAACCUCAUCACUGACAUCUAUGAGUGGGGGUGGGGCCAGUCCUUCCACUUUUCCCCCGCCGUGCCCGGGAAAUCCCACCAUGACGCCACACGCCUCCACAAGGAGAUGGCAGUGGAUCUCCUCAACGUCGGCCCGGGAAAACGUGUCCUCGAUACCAGGUGA